GGGGCGACAGGCCUCGGGCCCCCGGGCGGGGCGACAGGCCUCGGGCCCCCGGGCGGGGCGACAGGCCUCGGGCCCCCGGGCGGGGCGACAGGCCUCGGGCCCCCAGGCGGGGCGACAGGCCUCGGGCCCCCAGGCGGGGCGACAGGCCUCGGGCCCCCAGGCGGGGCGACAGGCGCCGGGCCCCCAGGCGGGGCGACAGGUCUCGGGCCCCCAGACGAAGCGGCGGGCACCGAGUCAACUGGCGGAACAGCGGGCACAGAGUCGUCUGGCAAGACUGCGGGCACCGAGUCGUCUGGCAAGACUGCGGGCACCGAGUCGUCUGGCAAGACUGCGGGCACCGAGUCGUCUGGCAAGACUGCGGGCACCGAGUCGUCUGGCAAGACUGCGGGCACCGAGUCGACUGGCAAGACUGCGGGCACCGAGUCGACUGGCAAGACUGCGGGCUCCGAGUCGACUGGCACGACAGUGGGCUCCGAGUCAACAGGCACGACAGUGGGCACCGGGUCAUCAGGUAUCGGAUUGUCUGGCUCGACAGCGGGCAUCGGGUCACCAGGCAUCAGGUCAUUUGGCUUGCCAGCGGGCACCGCGUCAUCUGGCAAGGCAGUGGGCACCGGGUCACCAGGUAUGACAGCGGGCUCUGAGUCAAUUGGCACAACAGCGGGCACUGGGUCAGGUACCGGAUCAUCUGGAUCAACAGCGGGCAUCGAGUCAACUGGCCUAAUAGGAUCAGAGGCAUCCGGCUGAAGAGAGGCAUCCGGCUGAAGAGAGGCUUCAGGCUGAAGAGAGG